AUGUAUGUCAAACAGCGCCAGCAGCCCCCCCAAGCCCAAGCUCAAGCUCAAGCUCAAGCGCACUUGACCCGAGUCCCAUUGACACGAAACCACAGGGCCGUCUUCUCCCUCAUCAUCAUCAACAAAGCCGGCGGGUUAAUCUACCAGCGCGAAUUCCAGCCCGGGCUGCGCAAGCUCUCCACAAACGACUACCUCGUCCUCGCAGGGACGUUUCACGGCGUCCACGCCAUCACCCGCUCCAUCACCCCCCGAAUCCCUCGACCCGCCUCCCUAUCCGCAACCCCAGCCUCCUCCGCCUCCAACGUCGCCCUCUCCUCCCCCUCCGGCACAUCCACCCCUACCACGGCCGCGACGACAUCCGCACUCCCCAACCCCGGCGUCCCGGUCACGGGCCUCGAGUCGCUCGAGACGGACAAGUUCCGUCUAACCUGUUUCCAGACGCUGACGGGGACAAAGUUCCUGCUGUUUACGGAUCCGCUGAUGACGAACAUAGAGGUGGUGGUGAAGAAGGUGUAUGAGCUGUACUCGGACUACGUAAUGAAGAAUCCUUUCUAUCAGCUGGAAAUGCCUGUUCGGUGUGAGGCGUUUGAUCGACAUCUAGCGGGCUGGUUGAGGGGGAGGGCAUGA